AUCACUCAUUAGGACAGUACUUGGAGAGAUUCGUUUGGGUGGAAGGAUGUUUUAAACGCUUCUCUUUUCUUGCUUCUUUCCCGUGUCGUUCGGGGACCUUUCCAUCUUAGUUUUGCUAACCUUCCGCUGGAGAUGGAGUAAUUAGCCGCCGGUGUGGCAGAUGUUGGAGCGAAACAGAAUCUGCUUCCCCAGAAAGGAGAUGUGUGCAGAGUCUUUCUCCUCUAAGAUAGAAAUGGUGAGUGUGGGAGUAAGCACAGAACCCUGCCAUGCCAGGUGGGAGGUAGAGACAAAUGAAACUGUUCUACAGCGGCGGCAAAAGCAGAUAGAUUAUGGCAAGCGCACACGUGGUUACCAGUGCUUUCUGCAGCAGGUCCCCAAGGCACAACGACAGCCAGGACUUCACCCUCAAACGCCAAACAAGAAGAGGAAGUACAGCCGUCGCUCCUGGGAUGCCCAGAUCAGACAGUGGAGAAGAGUCCUACAUUCCUGGGACCCCCCCAGACAGCCUCUGCAGGACAGGGGAGGAAUGGAACAUCUCUUACAUCCAAUGGGUUCCACUCCAUUGGAUGGCCUCCUGGAUGACUGGUUCCAGGCCCUGGAACCCUCAGAGAAUCUGGAUGGAGACCAGAAGGGAGCCCAGUCUGCAAACUUCAUGGCUCCUGCCUCCCCCCUUCCCUGGCUCUGUGAGGAAGAUCCCUACAACUGGCUCUACUUUCUAGCUGAUGACAGUUACUUAUCUGUCCCAGACAUGAGUGGGACACAAAAUAUUUAAAGAAAACAGAUGUUUUUCAGGGGACUUGUUGCUACGUGUAAUAGUAAAGAUUACCCACAAGACUGCUACUUUCCAAUCAAUUAAAAAAGAAAUC